CCUCCCUCUCCCAUUCACUCACUCACUUAGGGCCAAUCACUCCCUCUCUCUCCCUCUCCCUCUCUCUCUCUCCCUCUCUCUCCCUCUCUCUCUUUCCCUCCUUCCCUCCCUCCCUCCCUCUCUCCCUCUCCCUCUCCCCCUCCUCUCCCUCUCUCUUCUCUCCCCCUCUCUCCUCUUUCCCAGUCUCUCUUUCCCUCCCAUCCAUUCUCUGUCUCUGUCUGUCUCCCCCCCCACCCUGUCUCUCCCUCCCUCCCUCCAUCCCUCCCUCCCUCCCUCCCUCCCUCCCUCCUUCUCUUUUACUGGGAGACAGUCAGAACUCUCCUCCCUGACAGCUACAAACCUACAGCACUGACUGCAUUCAGAGAGGGAACCUGCAAACAAAACUUCACAGAAAACUUUUUGUUCUUGUUCCAGAGAAUUGACUGAAGAGGAGAAAGAAAAAAAAAAAAAACCCAAAAAGGAAAAAAAAAAAAAAAAAAAAAACCUGUGCGUGAGUGGGGGGGGGAGGAAAAGCAGAGCCUUUAAAAAGGGCAAUCACAACAACUUUUGCUGCCAGGAUGCCCUUGCUUUGGCUGCGAGGAUUUUUGUUGGCCAGUUGCUGGAUUAUAGUGAGGAGUUCCCCCACCCCGGGAUCCGAGGGGCACAGUGCAACCCCCGACUGCCCGUCCUGUGCGCUGGCCACCCUCCCAAAGGACGUACCCAACUCUCAGCCGGAGAUGGUGGAGGCCGUCAAGAAGCACAUUUUAAACAUGCUGCACUUGAAGAAGAGACCCGAUGUCACCCAGCCGGUACCCAAGGCGGCGCUUCUGAACGCGAUCAGAAAGCUUCAUGUGGGCAAAGUCGGGGAGAACGGGUACGUGGAGAUAGAGGAUGACAUCGGCAGGAGGGCAGAAAUGAAUGAACUUAUGGAGCAGACCUCGGAGAUCAUCACGUUCGCGGAGUCAGGCACAGCCAGGAAGACGCUGCACUUUGAGAUUUCCAAAGAAGGCAGUGACCUGUCCGUGGUGGAGCGUGCAGAAAUAUGGCUCUUCUUGAAAGUCCCCAAGGCCAACAGGACCCGGACCAAAGUCACCAUCCAUCUUUUUCAACAGCAGAAGCACCCGCAGGGCGUCUGGGACGCAGGGGAGGAGGCCGAGGAAGUGGGCUUAAUGGGGGAGAGGAAUGAAGUGUUGAUAUCAGAGAAGGUGGUGGAUGCUCGGAAGAGCACCUGGCACAUCUUCCCCGUCUCCAGCUGCAUCCAGCGGUUGCUGGACCAGGGCAAGAGCUCCCUGGACAUUCGGAUUGCCUGUGAUCAGUGCCACGAGACCGGCGCCAGCCUGGUGCUCCUGGGCAAGAAGAAGAAGAGAGAAGAGGAGGGGGAAGGGAAGAAGAGGGACGGAGAAGGAGGGGCGGGAGGGGACGAGGAGAAGGAACAGUCGCACAGACCUUUCCUCAUGCUGCAGGCCCGCCAGUCUGAAGACCACCCUCACCGGCGCCGGCGGCGGGGCUUGGAGUGUGACGGCAAGGUCAACAUCUGCUGUAAGAAACAGUUCUUUGUUAGUUUCAAGGACAUUGGCUGGAAUGACUGGAUCAUCGCUCCUUCUGGCUAUCACGCCAACUACUGCGAGGGUGAGUGCCCCAGCCACAUAGCGGGAACGUCGGGCUCAUCGCUCUCCUUUCACUCGACGGUCAUCAACCACUACCGCAUGCGAGGUCACAGCCCCUUUGCCAACCUCAAGUCGUGCUGUGUGCCCACCAAGCUGAGACCCAUGUCCAUGUUGUACUAUGAUGACGGUCAGAACAUCAUCAAAAAGGACAUCCAGAACAUGAUCGUGGAGGAGUGUGGGUGCUCAUAGAGCCCCAGCCCAGGGGGGACGGGAGCAAGAUGGUCCGGAGAAGACAGUGGCGACAUGAAGACAUGUUUAAGGUUUCUGACUGAAACAACCGGAAGAAUAGAAAUUUAAAAAAAAAACAAACUAAAAACUAAACCUGAAGCAGAUGAAGGAAGAUGUGGGGAAAUUCCUUAGCCAGGGCUCAGAGAUGAAACAGUGAAGGAGGUGGGAAUGUGGGGGGAGAGGGAAAAUGGGGUGCCCAUCACUUCUCCCUCCAGCGUUCAAGGGGUGAGAGCAAUUGCUCAAAUGGGAAUAUUGUCCUCUCCUUUUCGGUUCCCUUUCGGUAUGAGCCUCGAAGUCAACCUGUCCGGUCUGCAGUAAUGUGGGCUGACACAACCCAAAUAGCAUCUAGAAAGCCAUGAGUUUGAAAGGGCCAGUUAUAGGCACUUUCCCACCCAGUAACCCAGGUCGUAAGGUAUGUCUGUGUGACCCUCUCUCUGUGUAUAUCAGCCCAUGCACACACACAAAGACACAACCGCACACAAACACACACAGCCCACCACACACACGGAUACACACACAGACACAUACAUCACACAGCACACACACAUGCUGCACAAAGACAUGCACACCCCCCACACAUGGACACACACACCAUACAGACACCACACACAGGCAUUUCCACACCACACACACACACACGCACACACACAUUCUGGUAAAAGAACACUAGUGUGCAGGUGGUCACACCUUUUUCUGCACCACUUCCACAACAAAACAAAAACCAACAUGAAAAAAAAAAUUGAGAACAAGAAUGGGAAGCGUGAAAGAUCAAGGAUAAAAGAUACCAAGUUACAUUUCGUUAAGGUGCUUAUGAUAUUAGAACUAUGCAACCUAAUAGGUUUGAAACUGUUUACCUGAGAGAGAACAAAAAAGAGAGACUUUUUUGUAUUGGAAGUAACCUGAUUAAUUUUUAUUUUCUUCAAGGAGAGAUACUUGAAAGGAAUAUGUUUGUCCAUCUGUUGGAUCCAAACAUUUCUAUAUUUUGUAAAUGUUGUGUUUUUUUUUUAAUCGUUUACUAUUUGCACUACAAUGGUGUUCGACCUGUCUAAUCCUUAUUUAACAAGUAUUUUCUUUGGGUGGGGCGGGGCGGGUUCUGAGCUGCACUUAAUGUGAGCUAUAAAAGAACUGCUACAGCACACAAAAUAGCUAUUUUUAUUAUUAUAAUUCUAAUUAUUAUUAUUAUUUUGUACCUUAAAAAAUAGACACAUACACCAAAGACAUUUGUGUGAGCCUUUAAACAGUCUGUCUGUGGUUGGUAUCAUUCACCGUCGAUGAGUCAGGGGUUGGGAUCCAAGGUUGAGUAAGGUGGAUUGUGUUCAGGCUUGAAAGACCUGAGAAGUUUGGUUUUUUGACUCCUUUUACAUCCAUGAAACAGGACAUUUCAUACUGGAUGUACAGUAGUUGUACACUGUUGGCUAUCAAGUUCAAUCAGAUUCACGGAACGCUCCAUGCUUGUAUGUGUAUAUAUACAGUGCUCGGGCACAUGCAUGUCUGUGUGUAUGUAUACAUGUGGCGCAUCGUGUCCAUACACAUUUUAAGCACUUCAGGCUGUCAUUUUUUAAUGUUCUUAAAGCAAUGAAUGUUUGUGUGCAAAACACAGUAUUUUUAAGAAGGAUAGGCUAUCGUUUUUGCUUUUACUCUGAACUAGGUGGGCACAUUUCAGAAAUUUGGAUGGGAAAAAGCCUCGGAAUUCCAGUGAAUAUUCAACAAGACCCUCUUUCAAUGUACAGGGAUCCAAUUCCCUCCUCUUUCUUGUCCUCCACCCCCAUUCUACAAGUUAUUUACUCCCCGCUGGGAAAACAAAACAGGAAACUCAUGUUCAAUCUAGGCUGAUUAUUUUUGGAUAACAUAUAUAUUAUCUGUUGGAAUCAAUCUUAAAUCAGAAGCUUUUCAGACAGAAAUUAACCUUUAGGUCAGGAUAAAAGAGGUGGUUGUGUUUUGGGUUUUGUUUUUUUUUUUUUUUUUUUUUUUUUUUUUAUGAUUAAGGCCUGGUUGUGAGAAAUACUACCUGCACAGCUGGGCUCAAUUAUCAUGUUGUAACUAGUAAAAUGAUAAAUAAUUUGGGGAAAGGUGUUUAAGAGAGUAGGAGUAAGGAAAAGGAUGGAGAGCAGGGAUGGGGGGGCAGUAGUCAAAAUUGCGAAUAUUUUAAUUUACAGGCAAAACUCUUGAUGUAUAGAUAGGUAUGCGUUGAUUUGGAUGCAAGAAGGAAAAAAAACAAAAAACAAAAACCACUUUGUUUUAUAAAUAUCAAAGUACAUGCUUAAAGCUAAAUUGUUACUAAUUUAUUCUACAGUAUUUAGCUUGCCUAGAUCAGAAGCUAUUCAUUUAUGUGCUUUUAAAAAUACAGAACUUUAUUUGUACUGACUUGUUUGAAGUUUGCAAAAAUUGGAAAAACAAAGUCUAAUUCAGAAAAUUAUAUUAUUAGCAUUUUGCAAAAUAUUGAAGCUUUCAGCCCUAUGUCAAUUCAUAGAUUUUUUAAAAAUAUUAAUAGUAGGAAAAUAAAAUAUCCAUGAGAAACCAAAUAUUACUCAAGGUGGUUUAGCUCUUCUUGAGAAAUAGACCAGAUCAGUCUGCUAUCACACUAGGCUGUAUGGAGGCAGAUUUAAUGUUAUUACCUGGCUAUAUUUACUAAAGUCUAGAGGUUGGAGGGCUUUUUGAACUGCCUCUUUUUUUGGCACUGGAACUAAUGGGAACCUGUAAAUAGCCUGGGAAACCAAGUCGUAGUUCACUGUGUGAUAACAGAGCUGGCCCAGGCAACAGCCAAAGCAAAAAGAGGUUAAAAAAACAGCUGAUCCCCCUUUGUGGCUUCCAUUCGUCUCAAACACAUAUGCCAUCUACUAAAGCCUUUAAGUCCUGGACCUACUGAAGGUACGAUGGAGUUUGAUGAGUGGCCACAGUAAUUAGAAGCAGAGCUAAAUGAUAUUCCAUAUGACAAUAUUUUAAUGAGAAGAUUUCAUUUAUAUUAAAUUACACAUCUUUGAACUUUAACCAAAAUAUUUCAUUAAGUGUAUACGGUCUUGAAAUAAAAUGAUAAAUUACUACUAUCUUUAAUAAUCUUGGAAGUUAUGCAGCUCUGCGAACAGCCACACUUUUCAUGGAAUAACAUGAGGUCAAAAGAAAAAGCUUUUAAAUUCUACCAGAUUGGGUCUUCCUUGUCUGCUUUCCUAAAACAAGUGUGGCUUCAUCUGAUCUUUGCAUCUCUCUACUCUUUCUGUAGGGCCAUCUCUAGGCUUUUAAAAAUCUACCCACACCAAUCUUCAAAGCUCUGAAAAGCCUUUAUUACCAAAUAUUUUUUGAGAAUGAUAAAUAUGUUGUAGAUCGGAUUAACAUUUUCUUUUCUUUUCUUUUCCAAAAAGUAAGGUGAAUUCUGGCACACUGAGUUGGGAUUUUCUUGUCCCUGAAGAUCAACCAAUUUCAUACUUAUUUAAGAUUGAUUCCACACUCUGAUUUUAAGGAGAUUACCUACCUUCUCCUCUUAGAUAGAGCAAGUGAAUUUUUUGUCACCCUCGUGGGAUUGGACAUCAAGAUGACUCUAAAAAUCAGAGAAGGUAUUAAGCUUAGAUUCAAAUUAUCAUGUUCACUUGAUAAAAUGAUUUCCUGUGGGCCUUUUGGCGACUUCCCUUUUCAAGGUAGAGAAAACUUAGUCACCCUGAAAACCUACACAAUAAAUGAAACUUGUAGAAGUGGGCAGAAGUCUUGGGGGUGGACACUGUGUGUGUUUAAAUUAAACCCUUUAUCACUGAGAAGCUGUUGUAUGGGUCAGAGAAAAAUUAAUGCUUAGAAGCUGUUCACGUCUUCAAGAGCAGAAGCAAACCACAUGUCUCAGCUACAUUAUUAUUUAUUUUUUAUGCAUAAAGUGAAUCAUUUCUUCUGUAUUAAUUUCCGAUGGGGUUUACCCUCUAUUUAAAUGCUUUGAAAAACAGUGCAUUGACAAUGGGUUGAUAUUUUUCUUUAAAAGAAAAAUAUAAUUAUGAAAGCCAAGAUAAUCUGAAGCCUGUUUUGUUUUAAAACCUUUUAUGUUCUGUGGUUUAUGUUGUUUGUUUGUUUGUUUUAUUUGGAUUUUUAUUUUGGUUUUUUUUUUUUUGGUUUUUUUUUUGGCAUACUACAUGCAGUUCUUUAACCAAUGUCUGUUUGGCUAAUGUAAUUAAAGUUGUUAAUUUAUAUGAGUGCAUUUCAACUAUGUCAAUGGUUUCUUAAUAUUUAUUGUGUAGAAGUACUGGUAAUUUUUUUAUUUACAAUAUGUUUAAAGAGAUAACAGUUUGAUAUGUUUUCAUGUGUUUAUAGCAGAAGUUAUUUAUUUCUAUGGCAUUCCAGCGGAUAUUUUGGUGUUUGCGAGGCAUGCAGUCAAUAUUUUGUACAGUUAGUGGACAGUAUUCAGCAACGCCUGAUAGCUUCUUUGGCCUUAUGUUAAAUAAAAAGACCUGAUUGGGAUUUAUUAUUUUUA